AUGGUUAAAGUUGUUGCAAAUGGUGAGGAGCUUACGUUGCCCCUGCACAUUGCGGAAUCCAGCAGGCACCCCUUGCUGGGCCGCGAUUGGUUGCUCGCAUUGAAGUUGGAUUUCAAUCGCGUUUUUAGACCCGGUACACAUUCGGUUUCCUAUUGUGGCGGCAAUGAUCAAUCCACCGCCACUGCGUUAAAUGAUUUGCUCAAUAAAUUUUCAUAUGUUUUCGAAGGACGUGUAGGUAAAAUUGAGGGGAUUCAAGCUUCGCUGACGGUUCGAAAAGAUUCAAGGCCAGUUUACGUGAAGGCCAGAGCAGUACCAUUUGCAGUGCGCGACGCAGUCGAUAAGGAGAUCGACGCGUUUGUCAGUGAGGGCAUCUGGGAAAGGGUGGAUCAUGCGGAGUGGGCCACUCCUGUCGUUCCAGUAAAAAAGUCUGGGGGUAGAGUACGGUUGUGCGGAGAUUAUAAAAUCACUUUGAACCCGCAUCUGCUUGUCGAUGACCAUCCGCUUCCCACUGCUGAAGAACUGUUUGCUACCGUUGCAGGAGGAGAGACGUUCUCUAAGUUAGACUUGUCUCAGGCUUAUUUGCAACUGGAGGUUCGCCCAGAGGACAGGGAUUUGCUGACGUUGAGCACUCAUAGAGGCCUGUUCCGCCCUACGAGGCUCAUGUACGGUGUCGCUUCCGCCCCAGCUAUUUUUCAGCGGUUAAUGGAGGAAAUACUUCAGGGUAUCCCUGGGGUUACCGUCUUCAUCGACGACAUUCGCGUUACCGGUCCUGAUAAUCAAACGCACUUGCGUAGACUAGAAGAAGUAUUUAGAAGGCUAAAUCAUUUCAAUGCGGAUGCCAUGUCUCGCUUACCAAUAUCGUUCACUGACUCCGAGUCAGAAAUCGAGGAACCAGAUGCUGUUGAGAUUAAUGCUAUACACACGCUACCACUUACAGUAGAUGAGUUAAGCACAGCCACUCUGUCAGACGACAGUGUUCGCGAAUUACUACGAGCUCUUACACUCAGGCAAAUGAACAUGCGAAAUACAUAA